AACCGGCCAACGUCAUGUGCCACGUCAAAAGCUCCCCAGUUUUCCGCGCACUUCGAUCCUCUGCACCAGGUCGUCUCCACUCUCCACUCGCCGGAGGCAAGCGCCGUGAUGCAUCCGCCUCGCCGCCGCCUCCUCCUCCUCCUCCUCUCCCUCGGCCUCCUCCCGUCCGUCACGUGGGCGCUACUCGCGCCGCCCCGCUUCCCGGGCCCCGACGCGCGGCCGCCGGCGGGAGCGGGAAACGGGGUCGGGGGCUACGAGUUCGAGACCCGCUACUUCCGGCAGCGGCUGGACCACUUCAGCUUCCCUGGGGUCGGGGACGAGGAGUUCUUCCAGCAGCGGUACCUCGUGGGCCGCGCCGACGGCUGGGCGGGCCCCGGCGGGCCCAUCUUCUUCUACUGCGGCAACGAGGGCGACAUCGCCUGGUUCGCCGCCAACUCCGGCCUCGUCUGGGAGGCCGCCCCGCGCUUCGCCGCCCUCGUCGUCUUCGCCGAGCAUCGCUACUACGGCGAGUCCAUGCCGUUCGGCAGCAAACACAAGGCUUACAACAGCUCCAGGUCCUUGGCGCACCUGACGGCCGAGCAAGCGCUCGCUGACUAUGCCGUGCUGCUCACCGACCUCAAGAGCAACCUGUCUGCAGAAGCCAGCCCCGUGGUACUCUUCGGGGGCUCAUAUGGUGGAAUGCUGGCUGCUUGGAUGAGGCUCAAGUACCCGCAUAUUUCUGUCGGGGCUCUUGCGUCAUCGGCUCCGAUCCUGCAGUUUGAGGACAUCGUCCCUCCUACCAUAUUCUACGAUCUUGUUUCAAAUGAUUUUAAGAGGGAAAGCUUAGGCUGCUUUCAAACAAUAAGGGACUCCUGGAAAGAACUAGAUGAGCAAGGGAAUGCCCAAGAUGGUCUUCUGAAACUAAGCAAAACAUUUCACCUUUGCCAGACCCUGAAAUCCUCCGAAGCACUUUCAGAUUGGUUGAGCUCAGCUUACAGUUAUCUAGCCAUGGUGGAUUACCCUAUGUCAUCAGAUUUUCUCAUGCCUUUGCCUGCCAACCCAAUUAAGGAAGUAUGUAGAAAUAUUGACAAGCAACCACAGGGGACCAGUACACUGGAACGAAUUUAUGCAGGAGUAAAUGUAUACUACAACUACACGGGUACCGUUGACUGCUUUGAUCUGGAUGAUGAUCCUCAUGGAAUGGGUGGAUGGGAUUGGCAGGCUUGUACUGAGAUGGUAAUGCCAAUGACUUCCAGUGAAGAUCUUAGUAUGUUCCCACGAUAUGAAUUCGACUAUGCUUUGUAUGCUGAUAAUUGUGUCAAAAGCUUUGGUGUUAGACCAAGGCCUCGAUGGAUCACUACAGAGUUUGGUGGCCACAAUAUAAGUUCAGUUCUGGAGAAAUUUGGCAGUAAUAUCAUAUUCUUCAAUGGACUUCUCGAUCCUUGGAGUGGUGGAGGCGUCCUGAAGAACAUAUCUUCGAGUGUUGUUGCCAUUGUGGCUCCACUAGGAGCACAUCACAUAGACCUGCGUCCCGCGACCAAGGAGGACCCAGAUUGGCUAGUAAGCCUGAGAGAAUCGGAACUGGAGAUCAUAUCCGUCUGGCUAUCGGAUCACUACGGGGCAGGAGGGGUGCUCGUUCAGAGCGCAGCUGCCAAUGACCAGGCUGCCUCAUGAGCAAACGGCACACUCCCCUUGAUAUCGCCCCAAAGUUUCAAAUGUACAGUACAUGGCUUGUUUAGGACUCGGUUCUGACUGACAUGAGAUGACCAUCUCAGCAGUUCUAACUCCCAGCCAUGAGCCAUCGUCUUCGUCAGCUGGUACACUGCGAAGAUGAGGUCCAUAUCAUCGUAUGCUGAUUUCGUGCCUACUGUGCAGAAUCAAUAAGCCUGUAAAUUGUAACCAGAUGGUGCGAUGCUCCUGCUUCUAGGAAACGGACACCCUUGGUGGGCAUAAUACUGUA